AUGGCACCUAAGUCCGUUCUCCUCUUUGGUGCCACUGGCUACAUUGGCGGCGCUUUUUUAUCCAAUCUGCAUGCCAGAUUCGGUUCGAAACUUGGCGAAAGCUUCUGUAUCACACUUGCUAGCCGCCGUACUGAAAAGGCUAGGAAGAUACAGGCCUUGAUACCUGGAAGUACAGCGAUUGAGCUAAGUCUCCAGGACCUUGUUGGACUCGAGGAACAAUCGCAGAAACAUGACAUUAUCGUCCAGAUCGCAGACUGCGAUGAUCUGGAGGCUACAUCAGCGAUCCUCAGGGGGAUGAAGACAAGAAGAGAUGUCACUGGCGAACCCCCCAUCUUAUAUCAUACGUCUGGAGCGGCGUUUCUUCUAGAGGACCUAGCUGGCUAUUCUUCAGCCACCGUCACAUCGGACCUGGACUCUCACAAAAUCAACGCCAUUCCGCUUGACAAACCUCACAGGAACGUUGACGACGCAAUCGUCAAGGCAGAUGAUGCGGGACAUAUCCGAUCGUAUAUUCUCGUCCCGACGGUAGUAUUUGGGAAGCCAAGCGGCCUGAUUCACCAACAGGGCCUCGCAAACCUCACAUCAAUGGGGAUCGGCGCCAUCAUUAGUGCUGCAUUGGGACGUCGGGCUGUGGGUCGAGUCGGGCCUGCUGAAACUCUUUGGUCUCUCGUUCAUGUAGAUGACGUUGCUUCUUUGCUGCUUGCGAUGGUUGAGAAUCCACCUCUGAGUCAUGGUAGGGACGGUUUCUACGUGGCAGAGAACGGAAGCAGACCAAUUCAUCCCGCUUUGCAUGCGGCGGCCACAGUAUUGUAUUCGAUGGAUCUCCUGGACACGGACAAGCCGACCCUGCACGCUGCGGAAGAACCUCAGCAUCAUAUAGUAUGUCCCACUUUGGACUUAAUGAACAAGCUUCAGGACUAUACCAACUAA